AUGGACAUACCCACUGGCGUGCACGCUUCUGCCGCGGCCACCAUCCAGCUGGAGGUGCGCUGGCACGGCCAGCCCUACUCUGUGGAGGUGCCCGCGACGGCCACGGUGUCGGAGGUCAAGCAACGGCUGGAGGAACUCACGGGGGUAGCGCCCCACGCGCAGAAGCUCAUCGGACUCCUGCCACGAGGCCGCCAGCCGCCUGACCACGCCGCGCUGGGGGAGCUGGGGGUGAAGAGCGGGCAGCGGUGCAUGCUCGUGGGCAUAGAGGCUGCGCGCGCUGCCCAGCUCGCUUCCGAGGAGGAGGAGCACCGUGCGCGCGCCGCCGCCGAAGCCGAGCGCGCCAAAGUGCUGGCGGAGGUCGAGGAGGCGCGGAGGGCCGAGGAGCAGCUCCGGUACGAGGCCGAGGAGGCGCAGAGACGGCAGGAGCGCAUCCGACGGCAGGAGCAGAGUGCCAUGGAGAGGGAGGAGAUGCGGCGACAGCAGGAGGAGAACCAGCGCCUGCGAAGAGAGGCCGAGAGCAGCCUCGAGAUCGGGAGGCUGCAGUGCUUUUCAUCGGCCGUCGGCGGCAAUCCCCGCCUGGAUCGCGGUGACAAAGUCGUGCUUCCGGCGGCUGUCCUUGAAGAAGCGGUGCACAAGGGGCUGCCCUUCCCGUACACCUUUCGCGUACGGAAGGUCGACGCAGAAUCACCGGCUGAUGCCGAUGCUUCCCCGAUCGCACAUUGCGGCGCCCUUGACUUCGAAGCCCCGGCCGGCAUGUGCUACCUGCCCGCCUCCAUCAUGGCCAAGCUUGCGCUGCAGGAGGGCGACCACGUGUCUUUGAAAUCCGUGCGCCUGCCCAAAGGGGAGUACGCCCAGCUGCAGCCGCAGUCGGCCUCGUGGAUCGACAUUCCCAUGGCCACCCGGGAGGCCAUAUUGGCCGAUCAGCUGCGCAACUAUCAGACCCUGACGGUGGGCGAUACGGUUCGCCUCUCUCACGGGAGCCAGGAUCACCGGUUCCACGUAACCAAAGUCCUGCCGGCACCUUCGCACGAGAUGCGAGAUGACUCCGCCGACGCGCAACUGGCGGUUCCAGCACCGGACUCCCUGAUCGGUGGCCCCUCUGCUGGGAUCUCGAUCAUCGACGCCGAUGUGGCUGUCGACGUCAUCGAGCCUCGCGAGGCCUACUCCCCCAUCGCCCCCGUCACAUUGGAUGGAUCGACCGCUGGCGAGCUGGGCCAGGGCGAAAGCGUGACUUAUCGAUUGCGUUUGGAUCGGCCACUCGAUGCCGGCCUUCUGAUCGAGGUGUCUCCGGUGGGCGUCGGGGACGUCGAUUUGUACGUCUCGCACACGCCCGAGAACAGGCGACCAACGCCCUUGGCCUAUACCUGGAAGGCGCAAACUCAGGGCGCAAAGCGUCUGCACAUCGAAGCGGCCGACCCGCAAUUGGCGCGAGCAGUGCAGGAGGGCUGGCUCUACAUCACCGUGUGCGCCUACGCGACGCCAUCCGGUGCAUCUGUGAGCUUUUCGCUCGAGUGCAAGCCAGGAGGUGGAGAGGGCCGACAGCUGGUGCUGGAGAGUCCAGACAAGCAGGCCGACGUCGUACACCGGCGGGAGGUGCCGGUGACAUCCUAUGGCUUGCACGAGAUGGCAUGCGCGCGAUACAGCUGGCGGUGCGAGGAGUGCGGGGCCGUUCUUCCCCUCGCGGAAAAGGACAAGCACCGGGCGGUGGCACACGUGGUGGUGCACCGGGAGUUUGAGUGCCCCAAGCGCAUGGUCGGAUGUCUUUACUGUUCGCUGGAGGUACCAUUCGACCAGCGCGGAGAGCACCAGGGCGUGUGCGGCAACCGAACCGUCACGUGCUCCCUCUGCCACACCCGCCACAAGCGAAACGGCAUCAAGAAACACCUGGUGGAGGAGCAUGGGGUAUACCCCCAGCACGCCAACACCGACUACUUUGCGGAGUAG